UAUUCAGACAUGAUCGUGGCUGCCAUCCAGGCCGAGAAGAACCGCGCUGGCUCCUCGCGCCAGUCCAUCCAGAAGUAUAUCAAGAGCCACUACAAGGUGGGUGAGAAUGCCGACUCGCAGAUCAAGCUGUCCAUCAAGCGCCUGGUCACCACCGGUGUCCUCAAGCAGACCAAAGGGGUGGGUGCCUCGGGGUCCUUCCGGCUGGCCAAGAGCGACGAGCCCAAGAAGUCCGUGGCCUUCAAGAAGACCAAGAAGGAAGUCAAGAAGGUGGCCACGCCAAAGAAGGCAGCCAAGCCCAAGAAGGCUGCCUCCAAAGCUCCAAGCAAGAAACCCAAAGCCACCCCAGUCAAGAAGGCCAAGAAGAAGCCGGCUGCCACGCCCAAGAAGACCAAAAAAACCAAGACUGUCAAAGCCAAGCCCGUCAAGGCCUCCAAGCCCAAGAAGGCCAAACCAGUGAAGCCCAAAGCAAAGUCCAGUGCCAAGAGGACCGGCAAGAAGAAGUGACAAAUGAAGCCUUUUCUUGUGAACCUUCCCUUCUGUCUCCUGUUUUCUGUAAAUACUUUUCUUCUGCUUUCUCUCGAUCCUCACCUGCAACCUUUUGCCCCCUUCUGUGCUGACUUUUUAAGAGACAGGAUUUGGAUUCCUCAAAAAUAACAGAAUAAUUCAUUUUUCCCUAACCAGUUGUGCAAGGACAGCAACAAAUUGCAUCUCUGUCAUGAUGAGAAUGUACUUCUAUUUUGUUUUGCUAUUAAUGUACUUGUACUUAUGGGAUUGGGGGUUUUGGUGGGCUUGUGUGUUUUGUUUUUGUUUUUGCUGUGACGGUGGAUGAGGGAAAGAACAGGCAGGGCAGUUGGUUCUGGCUAGGUGAGAGGGAGCCCAGGAAUUGUGAGGUCAGUGGGAAUAUGUUUAGGGCAAGUGAGCUUUCUUUAAGUUGGGCACCGCUUCUGAGAGUUCCAGAACCUUUGGUCGGCUGGAGAGGGGGCAGCAGCAGCUAGCCAAGCAAAGGAGGGAGGUGGAAAAAACCCGCCUCGGAACUGCCUUCCAUCUCCCAACGGGAAGCAGUGGGGGCCCAAGCCCAGUUACCUCCUUACUUCUGUCGGUCUGCCCUGCUGGCCUCCCUAUUGUCUUGGGGAAGGGGAAGGGGGAGGGAGGUUCAAAUGACAGCUGGUGGGAGAAGCUGUAGCUUCUCCCAGUCAGCUAGGAACUAGCCAUUGGGGGGUCUUUGUGGCUUCGGCAAAGUCUCUUGUCUCAGUGCCAGUGGAAACUUUGGGGAAAGGGUGGGGAGUCAGUCAGCCAAGUGCCUCAGUGUGCCCUGUUGAAACAUGGGUUUUUCCACACAAUUGAUGGAUUGUGUCCUGGGGAGACUUAUUUUCUUUUCCUCUGUUUUCUUGUUCUCUUGUACAAAAGGUGGACUUGCUUGGUCUGAUGGGUUUCCAGCCCCACCACCAGUCACCUUAACCUCCCAAUGUGUUUUUACUUCCCAGUCUUUGAUAAGUAGUUGUAGCUGGGGGGAGGGGAAGUGGGUGGGGAGUGGACAGUAAGACAUACUACAGUCGAUUUGGGAUUUGCUAAGUAGUUUUCAGAGCUAGGUCUGUGCAUGUGUGUGCAUAUGUAUAUAUACAUAUCUAGGGCUAGUAUUUACGUCCCACACCCGGGAGCUAGGAGAAAAAAACCUGUACAGUUGUCUUUCUCUUUUCAUAAAAUAGGAAAAUCACGCACUUGCGCGUCCUCGCCUCCCUUUUUUAAAACAAGUGUUAUUUGUGCCGGGAAAAUUUUGCUUUCUUUGUAAUUUUAAAACUUUAAAAUAAAAUUGGAAAAAGAAAAACCC